ACAACUAAUUUGUUGAGUAUUCCGUGCGUGUUGUUUUGAUGCGAUAAAUAGGGUCAGGAGAAAGUGGUGAUUUCCCUUGUAUUUGGCUGCCGGCCAAGAUGAGAGAUAAGAUUGUGCUCGUCGAGAUAAGGACCUAAGCUUGUACGGCCUUGGUGAUGCAUUGGAUUGACUCAUCGCGUUCAAAGUACGUCAAGAAUUGAUCAGAUUAUUUUACUGUCUGUCUGGACGUUGAAUUUCAACUAUCUUGUCAUCUAAAUACAAAGUCCUGUUAUCCGGUAUCUAUAGAUUCUAAGCGACAAGUUUACAAAAGUUUCUUUUACACCUUAUUGGUUUUGAACAAAUAAUUUGUAGACCUUUGAUCAUUAUUUAAUGUUUGUGUUUGAGAUUGAACCGAGAUAGGCUAAUGUAACAGCAUCGCAAGAUAACACAAAAUGUAUCUCCAUAAUUUUUUCUUUUUUUAAGUUGGACUUGGUGCCAUCGAACUGUUGUUGGGCGACUAUUAUUGGAUUUUUUUUUCAAGAUCUACAGUCACCGCUCACUAGUGUGACGCCCGAGUGUCUUCAGUCAUGGAUCUCUCUACGUGCCUCGCUUUUUUAAUUAUUUUCGUUGUGCUUUUUGUUCUUUGGUGGAAGCUGUUUGCGAGUUUGGAUAUUCCGAAAUCGUUGAGAUCAUCGUACACCAAUCCCGGACCUUGGUAUUUAUUGAAAAUCAUCGCUGCCAGAAUUUGGUUGAGUCGGAAACUAAAGAAAAAUCCUCGCAUUCUCAACAACACAAUUGACGAUGACUACAAUAAAGUCAAUUCCAAAGGAUACAACCAAAUUGGAAGAUUGGUGCCGACCAAUGUGGAAAUUGCAUGGGAACAACCACAUCCCCUGAAAUUAAUGACGGAUUUUGACGGGUUGACAUUUUACGGAACCGAUGGCGACAGUACGUUCCUUCAAGUGUCGAUUAAUCGUCUGAUCAAUCGGCAAGCUCAGGUUACGCUCCUGUUUACGCUGAAAGAUGGAACUGUCUACCGAUUACCCGCCGCCCCUGAUACUUUGAUUUCAAAUACGGAUGGCAGGGAAUCAUUUAAUACCGACGGCAGAUUGAAAUUCCAACUUCUCGAAGCCAUGAAGAAAUGGCGGAUAACAUUCAACGGCCUAGCGAAGCGAACGCGCCACGGAAAGGAAACUGAAGUGCACUUGAGAAUCAACCUGAUCUGGGCAACGUUUACUCGUCCGUUCGAGUUCAAACGAGAAUUCAGUCACAAGUUACUAGCGCAAGGAAUGGCUCGGGAGCGUUGGAGGGGGCAGCUUGAUUGGUCACAAAUGAGUGAGCCAACUGUAGAUGGGGUCGACCAGUGGGGUGUUAUGUUCGGAACUUAUCAAGAUAGUAGUUUGGACAUUGAAAAAGAAAUUUAUCUGCGCAGUCUUCGUCAAAGGCGUUGGGGACAAAACAAUGCUUCGACAUUGCGCAGGAAAUUAGAUAUCGUUGGAGCUUCUGAGGAUGGACAUUAUUUCUAUUUGAGCGCUACUUCGGAUUCAGCUCGUCUAACUCACGAAGUCUGGGGUCAUGUCUUCCAACCGAAUGGAUUUCUCUACAAAAUUGAUGCAUCGAGUCUAGAUUUGAAAGAUAUCGGGGAAAAGGGCACAGUCCCAAGACAUUUUUCAAUCCGCUUUUCCACCAAAAGCCGCAACUAUCACGCAACCAUCCAUUUGCUCCCAUCAUCACCAUUCGAACAUUUCAUUGGACGUCCGUGGGUUCAUUGUAGCACGACAUACCCGUGUCACUUGACAUUGAAUUCACGCCAAGGACGCGUGGUUUUGGUAAACACCAACGUGUUUCACGGAUAUUGUCCAAUCGCAAAUGAAGUAUCUGUUCCUUAUUUGAGUGCUCCUAAUCGCGAACCAUCGUCGUCUGAAACAGAAAAACUCGUUUUGUUAUUUAAUGAAGAGGCUUGCCGCUUCGAAAGUUUAGUAGGAGGCAAAGGAUCAUCUUUGGCUCUCCUUAGCAGCAACUCAAGGAAAGCUCCUGUGGCAUGUCAAAUUCCAGCCGGAUUUUGCGUGACAGUCAAUGCGUGGAAAGCUCAAACACAAAAUAACCGCGAUAUUGAAGAAGUAUUCCUACAGCUGGAAGAUGUAGCAACUGGAGUGGUUAAAGGGAAACUGGAGGAUUUUUGCAUCAAAGCGGAGAACCUCGUAGCUUCUCUUCCUGUCGACACGUUCGUUCAGGAUUGCAUCAGAGAAGCUCUGCAGGAAUUGUUUGGUGAUGAAUCUGAAAAGAAACGGUUCGCUGUAAGAUCGUCAGCAGUUGGUGAAGACGGCGAAGAAUUGUCUUCUGCUGGACAAAAUAUCACUGUACUCGGUUGUCAAGGAUUCGAAUCCAUCAUGUCAGGAUUGCGUAAAUGUUGGGCGUCGCUGCUUUCUUAUCAGUCGGUCGAGUAUCGUCGUCAACAUGGAGAGCCUCUCAUUCCAGGAAUGGGUGUGGUUAUUCAGGAGAUGGUCGACGCCGAAGCCGCUGGAGUUCUUUUCACUGUCAACCCCAACGAUGGUGACCCAAGCAAAAUGAUUUUGACUGCCAACUACGGGUUGGGCGAGUCGGUUGUUUCCGCUUCCGCUGACCCCGAUACUUUUUACAUCAAAAGGACGUCAAGUGGAGAAUUAUCCGUCUCUUCUCGAACUGUCGGAGCUAAACAAACCAAAGUGAUUCUGUCAGAUGAUGGUACCCGUGAAGAAAAGAUUGCGGAAGAAGUAUCGACCACAUUGUGCUUGUCGGACGAGAAAGUCUUAGAACUCGGUCAACUUGGAGUCUAUUUAGAAAAGGCAUUUGGUGGACCAAGGGACUUGGAAUUUGCUGUAUCCGGAGGCGCACUGUAUUUGCUCCAGGCAAGACCAGUUACUGCGCUCGAUGCUUGGACUGACUUUGAACUUCGUCAUGAAUUUGAUUCUCCUAUUCUCACGGAUUCAGACUACGUGACUAAGGCGAACACAGGCGAAGUUUUUCCCGGUGCAACUUCUCCUCUUGGCCUAUCAGUUACCGCCAGGGCUUUAGAUCUCAGUUUCCAAUUUGUGAUUAAAGAGCAAUUUGCCAGAUUUUUUGAGGUCAAUCCUUGGUGUAUUGGUCGAUUUAACUUGUUCUUCCAGAACCAAGUUUUCAUCAACGUCAUCGACACUUUCCAGCGAGACAUUGGAGAAGAAAUAACAUCACAUCAUCGUUCCGUCGACAUGGCCAUUUUCGGUCACUUGGUCUCCAACUCGACCAUGCACCAAAUCGGCAAGGAUCGUUUUGGUGUUGCAGGCUGGGGAGUGAAACUUUUGAGAUUCAGACACAUGUUUAAUGACAUGUGUUUUAACAACAGACGCGUGAAAAAAGCUGUCCGCAAGUUCGCCGACUAUUCAAUUCCAUCGGAAAAAUACAUCAACUCUCAGGAACUCUAUGAUGAAAUAAGUUCUCAGCUACCUCGUUUACUUGAAAUUAGUAACACCCACUUGCAAGUGAGCCGAGCUGGAACGAUUAGCCAAUUGAUUGCUUUCAUCAUUUUAUUGGACGGACGUAAUGAAUGGACGCCGGAAUUGUACGGUGAAAUGGCACAGUUACUCAGUUCAAUUUCCAAUAUCGAAUCGGCUGAUGUUCCAGUUGCUCUCAAGCAAAUUGCUGAAGCCAUAUUGAAGAGUGACGAUGUUAAAGAGUUUACUGAUCACGCACCAGAAGUCGCAUCAGUUUGGCUGGAGACGGAUCCCGGACAUGCCGGUCGGUUGUUUCGUUCAUUCAUCGCCCGACAUGGACAUCGGGGCAUCAAAGAAUUCGACAUUGCAACUGAAACUUGGGGAAUGAAUUGCCGAUCCCUGGUGUCUGUCCUCCAAUCAAUGGUGGCUAAUCCAGUUAGCUUUGCUCCCAACUCCCAACCGACCAAGUCUAAUGAUGACUGGCUCAAAAUCAUUGGACAGAGCAAGCCGGGAAAAUAUCGCGCCUUGAAAUUCUUCGUCCCUCGCAGUCGCGAUGCUGUUAUCGCUCGCGAGAAAACCAAGUCGUUGUUGAUCCGCACUAUUCAUGUCUUCCGAAUGGCUUACCGCAGACUGGCCCAACUUUUGGUCCGAGAUGGCAAAAUCCCUGACGCCAACCUGAUUUUCUUUUUCACGCAUUCGGAGCUACAGCAGCUCAUUCAUUCAAAUGGCGUCGCAUUAAUCAACAAGGCCAAUAGGAGACGGAAACUUCACCCAGAUCUGGAUGCUCUCGUCUUCCCUGAAAUGUCACUGGGUAUUCCCCAACCCCUAGAAGAAUCGUCUACCGAAGAAUUGAUGGUAGGUGCUGAUGGAGUCCAGUUGACGGGAACUCCAGUCUUCAAGGGAACCGUUCGAGCAACAGUCCGUGUCGCCUUGAACCUGGAAGAAGCCAAAGAAAUCCAGAACGGAGACAUCCUCAUCACGCGGAGCACAGACAUCGGAUGGAGUCCGUAUUUCCCGUUGUUGUCUGGCGUCGUGACGGAGCUCGGUGGUCUGAUUUCUCACGGAGCUGUUGUGGCCCGAGAAUAUGGUCUGCCAGCGAUCGUGGGCUGCGAUAAAGUGACUCAAGUAUUCCGUUCCGGCGAUGUCGUCAUCCUGGACGGAUCAAAGGGCACAAUAACUCGUGUCGAGCCAAGUUAGUUCCUUCCCUAAAUAGAAUAGUUAAAAUCACUGAUUACUUGAGAAGCAUUACACUUGAUUCAUUAACCGA